AUAGAGAAUAAUUUUUAGCUAUAGUAUCAGUUACUGGGGUGAUAGGUACAGGAUCUGAUGUAUUAAAACGCAAUAAGGCGGAGCUCACACUCUGCACGGUAAGCACUGCUAGGGUUAGUCUGACGGUAGCUAACCGGAAGUGACGUCAUAUAAACACGCCCUCACCUGACUGAUCAUCAGCUGAGAGCCAGAAAUACCUACCCCGAGAAGAUCCUGUGUACCAGUCAUGGACACGAAGGAUCUAGACACAGAAGUUCGACCUCUGAAAAACAACAGUGAGAAGACUCAGGAAAGCAGCGAGCCGGCGAACUCCACCAAAACUCAGGGUGGGCUCUGUCGGCUAUCCCGUUGGCGCUCAGUUGCCUUUUUUGCAUCCUUGUUCCUGUGCCUUAUUGUGGUUUUCGCUUUCUCCUUCAUUAUCCCUUGCCCGGUGAGGCCCAUUUCUGAGAGAACAUGGAAUGCACAAUAUGACAAUGCAGAAACAUUUGGAUUUUUGAGCACGGAGGAUGUGAACCAAGACAAAGUUAAAGAUGUAAUUUUCCUUGUUAAAGCAGAAAAUAGCAGUGCACACAAUUCAUCGUGUGCGGAGGCAGGACUUCAGUCGCCAUGUGUGUUUAUGGUUGCCUUGUCAGGGACCAAUGGGAGCGAGCUGUGGAGCUCUCCUAUCGCAGGCAACGUGCAGCUGGCACAGUGCGGUAUAAAUCAGCAGGCGCACGCUAAAUCAUCCGUUUGCUUCGUUGUCGAUACUGCAGGCUCAGUGAUGGCAAUCGCUUCCAACACAGGAAGGCGUGAGUGGCAGACGGGCGCCAUCUUUCCUGCAGACGCUGUGGUCACCAGCCCCUUGUUACAGCUGCCAGAUGAGGAUGAUACGGACGAUCUCUUGGUGUUUGCAGCUUUCGGAGAUGAGCUGCAGGGUGUCUUGUUGUCUGGCAGUACCGGCAAGCUGAUUGGGACGAAGCAGAGCAUUGGGAGGAAAGCGCGUCACUACCUGCACACAACAUGGCACCGGGCGCUAUACGUUCUCUUUUACACAGAAAGUUCCAUUGAAGCGUAUUCUGUGGGUGAUCUCUACACUAGACUUGCUGGCACUACAGAUAAACCUGCUUUACACAGACAAGACCCUGACUGGGAGCAGCAAGCAAACAAGUCUGCGGGAUAUGUUCCCAUCAUCCCUGCCUCCAGCUCGGGCGACAUCCUGUACUUACUGAAUGUUCCUGGUACAAAGUAUAACCAUAUCCUAGUGGUCAGAUCAGAGGUUUCGGAACUGCUGGAUGGGCAAACCUUUAAAUCUCGCUGGUCUAUGAACACUACUAACAUCUUGAGUAAACCAGCAUUCGGAUACUUCAAGAAAGAUUUCCUGUCUAUAGUGAUGGAACUUGGCCUUGCCGACGGCUGGAAAAAGGUAAUCAUUGUGGAUGGCAACAGUGGGUCUAAAGAUUGGGAAGCUGAGGUGGCUUCAGGACAAAACCACCCAGGGCCUGUGACCCUCCACACCGGGGACCGUAGAUCCUUCUUCUUCUUCUGGGGAGACCUCCCUGCUGACCGCAAUAACACGAUGGUGCCAAAGCAAAGUCUGUUCUUGUUUCACCCCUUGCACCCCUCUGCAUGGCUACUGCUGAACAAUCAUACAGAGAACGUAAUUUCAUUUAAUGGUAAGUUCUGGGCCAGACAGGGUUGGUAUCUUGGGGCUAGUCAUAGCACAACACAACCUGGUACUAAACACAUUCCAUGA